UAUGAAGAAAUAUUACUUGUGUAUUGCUGAAAACAACCAAAGACUGAAAGUUCUGAAAACAAUAGCAGCAACUCCCCAAGUGUUUAUGGAAGAAGAGCCCAUGUGCUUUUCUGGGCUCGAUGAUGACACUGAAGAGCCUCCAAAACCCUCAGACAGGUUCUACAUAAUUACUUCAGCAUCAACAAUCCUGCAUGAAUGCAAAUGCCCUGCCCUGCUGCAAAGCUAUGAAAUCUCACCCAACAUGUUCUAAAAUACCAGCCUGCCAUGAAGAAGCAGAAGGGGCUGAAAGGACUUCCUGCUGAAGA